GAUGGAAGAGAGCGAGGAGAGUGAAGAACUGAGUGAAGUGGAGGAGGAGAGAGAAGAACUGAGUGAAGUGAAGGAGGAGAGAGAAGAACUGAGUGAAGUGAAGGAGGAGACUGAAGAACUGAGUGAAGUGAAGGAGGAGAGAGAAGAACUGAGUGAAGUGAAGGAGGAGAGAGAAGAACUGAAGGAGGAGAGAGAAGAACUGAGUGAAGUGGAGGAGGAGAGAGAAGAACUGAGUGAAGUGAAGGAGGAGAGAGAAGAACUGAGUGAAGUGAAGGAGGAGAGAGAAGAACUGAGUGAAGUGAAGGAGGAGAGAGAAGAACUGAGUGAAGUGAAGGAGGAGAGAGAAGAACUGAGUGAAGUGAAGGAGGAGACUGAAGAACUGAGUGAAGUGAAGGAGGAGAGAGAAGAACUGAGUGAAGUGAAGGAGGAGAGAGAAGAACUGAGUGAAGUGAAGGAGGAGAGAGAAGAACUGAGUGAAGUGAAGGAGGAGAGAGAAGAACUGAGUGAAGUGAAGGAGGAGAGAGAAGAACUGAGUGAAGUGAAGGAGGAGAGAGAAGAACUGAGUGAAGUGAAGGAGGAGAGAGAAGAACUGAGUGAAGUGAAGGAGGAGAGAGAAGAACUGAGUGAAGUGAAGGAGGAGAGAGAAGAACUGAGUGAAGUGGAGGAGGAGAGAGAAGAACUGAAUGAAGUGAAGGAGGAGAGAGAAGAACUGAGUGAAGUGAAGGAGGAACAUCAUGUCCAACCUGGAGGAAAACCCUUGAGUCGCUCAAAGACUAAACAGACAUUUUUAAAGAAAAGAAAAGCCAAGAAAUCUUUCACCUGCACUCAGUGUGGGAAGAGUUUCACACGCAAACAAUAUCUUGAUGGUCACAUGAGGAUCCACACCGGAGAGAAGCCGUUCAAACCUUACAAGUGUUCACACUGUGACAAGAGAUUCAGUCACUCAAAAUCUCUGAAAGUGCAUGAGAGGAUCCACACUGGAGAGAAGCGGCACAUGUGUGAUCAGUGUGGAAAGAGUUUUGCUUUUAAAUGUCACCUGAAGCUUCACAUGAGAGUUCACACUGGAGAUAAGCCGUUUAAGUGUGAUCAAUGUGGGAAAGAUUUCAGUCAAUCUUCAUACCUUAAAGAUCACAUGAGGAUCCACACUGGAGAAAAGCCGUUCACAUGUGAUCAGUGUGGGAAGAGAUUCACACGCAUAACAAGUCGCAAUCAACACAUGAGGAUCCACACCGGAGAGAAGCCGUUCUCAUGUGAUCAAUGCGGCAGAACAUUUUCUAGUACAUCAGCCCUGAAGACACACCUGACAGUUCAUAUGAAGGAGAAGCCACAUUCAUGUUCUGUGUGUGGAAAGAGUUUUUCACUAAUGUCAUAUUUACACGUACAUGAGAAAACUCACACUGGUGUGAGAGAGUACAUGUGCUUUGAGUGUGAGAAGACUUUUACUACAGCGGACAGUUUAAAACUACACCAGAGAAUCCACACUGGAGAAAAACCUUACAAGUGUUCACACUGCGACAAGAGAUUCAGUCAUUCAACACAUCUGAAAACACAUGAAAUGAUCCACACUGGAGAAAAACCUUACAAGUGUUCACACUGUGACAAGAGAUUCAGUCAGUCAUCAUCUCUGAAAACACAUGAGAUGAUCCACACUGGAGAAAAACCUUACAAGUGUUCACACUGUGACAAGAGAUUCAGUCAGUCAUCAAAUCUGAAAACACAUGAGAGGAUCCACACUGGAGAGAAGCCGCACACGUGUGAUCAGUGCGGGUCGAGUUUCUCUACUAAAAGUCACCUGAAGCGACACAUGAAGAUCCACACAGUGGAGAAACCACUUAAACACAGUCUGAGAUCACGGAGCUGAAGGUCCAUCAGAGGAUCAGGAGUGUCUAAGGAUUGCUCUGAUCAGGAAGACAGGAAAUGGGAAGAGUGCAACAGGAAACAGUAUUCUGGGAAGAGAUGAGUGUGUGAGUGAAUGAAGACUAGAUUCAGUCACGAGUGUGUGAAGAGAGAGUUGGUGAAGUUGAUGGUCGAUCAGGAGCUGUUGUUGAGACUCCAGGUCUCUCUGACACUGACACAUGAUCAACAGUAAAUAAAUACUGAAAUGUGUUUGGAUGUUGUCACCUGGAGCUCAUGUGUUCAUCAUUGUGUUGAGUUUGGGAAGAUGUGCAAGAGAUGGACACAGUAGAUCUGAUAAAGAACAUCUUUAGUUCUAUUG